GAGACGGAGUGAAUAUGUAAUCAAAGGCGGUGUUAGAAAACUCUGAUGUAAGAGCCACUGCACAAUAACCCCGAGAAACAGUAGAGCCCAUUCAUAAGUACAGGGCAAACAGUUAAAAAGUACACAUUCUUAAGCAGGAGGUACAACUGGAGAUUCAAUCAUGGAUGAUGACAGCUUCAGAGCCCGAGUACACAAAGUUUUCGGUUCUCUGUCAUCAUCAUCAUCACCACCAUCACCGUCAGCAUCGGUAUGGUAUCUGACAGACGAAGAUGUGGAGAAGAAAGAGUGGAAUCGAAGCGCACUGAAGCAAGGGAAAGACGAUGAUGACCAUAACCUUUGUUCAUCUUCCUAUGAUGGAUUAUUCAAACAAAAACGCAGGAACAUGACUCAAGGACUCGAAAGUGUUAUCGAAGACCUCAAUGAUGAUGGAAGUGACCUUAAUGAUGUUUGGGAAAUCAGAUCCUCUAUUGGGUUAGAUUCGACGCUUGAUAAUGAGGAGGAGGAAGAUGAAUACGAUAGAGUGGCCGAGGGCAGAGUGGAUGCUGGUGAUCGUUUGUACAUGAAGAAUAUUAUUGAUCAGGAAACAUCUUGUGAUCCUUCUGAACGUAAUAGCCGUAGAGACCCACGUGCAAAUCAUGUGGCUGCAGAAGUUAGGCUGAAGGAAGAUGCGGAUGCCGCUGAGAAAUGUGAAACUCAUUUUGACGGUAUCACUCCAAGUGUUGAGCAGCAUUCAGCUAAACCACAUCAGGAACACUGUAAAGUGAAACCGAUUUUGAAAAAACCAAGGAAAUCAGAGAAUGGCAGGCUCAAAUCUACGAAACGGGUCAGGUUUGAUCCUGGUUGUCAAGAUGAAUCUGAAGGGGCAUCAGAACUAGAAGUUUCUUGGGCAGCUCCUGCAUCAGCAAACUCUAGUUUUGAAGACGAUGAAUCCAUUAGCAGUAGGCUGAAGGUUCCUGAUCAUGUUCUGAAGCCUUCAAAGUAUACUUGCUAUAGUCUGGAUUCACCUAGUGAGCUUGUUGACGAGUCAAAUAGUCAAGCUUGCAGAUACUUCCUGGAGGAGGUUGACACGUCAAAGCAUGAUCAAUUGGCAGAAGAAGCUAUAGAUGUGUCAGGUACUAAUCCUAAAUCAGCAAUCUUUAUACCUAGGCAGAAGAACACGGAUGCUAUAACAGCAAUGGAUACAACUCUGUCAGAGGGAAUGAUUGAAGGUGCUUGUAGUGAAUCCUUGCACCCAAAAGGCUACCCUGUUUGCAUUGCCGCUGGAGAGGCUCAACAAACUGAAGAUCCAAUGGAAGAAGAUAUGGAAGCACGUGUGGCUGAGAAUAAUAUCGUGUCCCAGAAACUGGAACGUCGAUAUCGAAUCAAGGCAGGGAUGGAGGACUCUGUUACUUGAUCUUAUGUUUACUUGAAGCUAGUAUAUGUGGUAAUUGUUCCUUUCGCAGAAAUGUUAUUUGCAAGUUCUCGUCUUUGCUUAGACCUCCGACCCCAACCACAACCCCUUUUAGGAAAAAAAAAAAAAAAAAGGAAAUGGAAAACAAUGCAUGUCCAUCCCUCGGACAAGAGCAUAAACAUGGAUUGUGCUGUGCCUUUGCAUGUUCUAUCUGUUUAGAAGGGCGUUGAGCAUUUUUUUCUUAUAAUUUUCUUUAUUGGUAGAGGGAUUCAUGAUGAUUGGUAAUAAUUUCCCAUUGUGUUGUCA